AAAAGCUGCAGUUUCAGUUUGUUUUAUUCACCAUUUUGAGUAGCUGAAGUAUUCCUGCAAAAUGGCAAGACCAGUGAGGAACAGAAAGGUGGUGAAUUACUCCCAGUUUAACGAAUCUGAUGAUGGAGAUGAGGGCUAUGGCAAAGACAAGGAAACUGUAAAGAAGGUUCGUGCUCCCCCUCGUGAAGUCAAGCACAAGAAGCCUAAGAUCUCGAAGGAUGACAGUGAGGAUUCAGAUGACAAACUCUCCAAAUCCAAAAAUGAUUCUGCGGAUGACUUGGGUAGUGAUGAAGACAACAACUUUGGAGAGGAGGAAGAUGGAGGAAGUGACUAUGAUGAUAAAAAGGCCAAAAAGGCAAAGAAAGCAAAGGUGGAGAAGCCUGGCAAACGGUCACUGAAGAGGAAACGAGGUGGAGAUGACAGUGAUGAUGAUGAUGAUAAAGAAGUCAGCAGGAAACCCAGACAGGUGAGGCAGGCUGCGUCGAAGGCUGUGUCUAAACAGAGAGAAAUCCUGCUGGGAGACGGAGGCAGUGAGGAUGAGGAUAAAGAAGAGGAAGAACAGCAGUUUGUGGACCAAGAGUCAGGCAGCGACGAAGACUUCAUGGUUGAUGACGAUGAUGACAGUGACUACGGACGUUCCAAAAAGAAAGGCAAAAAAGUGAUUCAAAGAGGAAGGAAAGUGGAGAAGAAAGAAAAGAAGUCUCCUAAACCCCGUCUUAAGGCCACAGUGAACCCCAGCCCUGCAAAAGGUAAAGGGAAGGGUCGCCCCAGCGCAGCUAAAGCACUGGAGAAAUCCUCGCCUAAAGACGAUGAAGAACCUGAAAGCCCUCUGGAAGACGAGGAAGAUGAUGAGGUGGAGAAGAAAGAAUCUCUGCCCAAAAAGACAAAGGAAGAUGCCCAUGAGGAUGAUGAUGAUGAAGAGGAAGAAGAUGGUUCAGAGGAGGCUCCAUCCGGGGAAGAUUAGCCAUGUUAUUAACAACUUCCCCUUCUCUUUCUCUUAACACUUUUUUUCCUUUUUUUUUUUUUUUCUAGUUAUAUUCUUUUGUGUGUGUUUCUUGUGGCCUGGCUCAAUAGUUUGAACUUUUUUUUUUUUUUUUCUCACAUUGCCUAUGAUUUCCAUAUCACAAAGGACAUUUCCCCAGAACUUGUGAUCAUAUAUAUCUAUAUAUAUUAUUGAGUAAAAUGUGUCCGAAUGUAUUGAUGGGUAGCAUAUAUAAUCUCAUGGGAAACCCAUUUUCCAACUAGUAGGGUUGGUGCUCGCCCAGGGAAAUAACGAUGAUCUGCUCCCAAAAACUUGGUCAGCCUUUGCGCAAAAGCUCAUAUAUUUGUUUUCAUAACAUUUUUAAAACUUAUCGUCCACUGUCAUUGUUGUGACCAAUCAUUAGGCCUUAUUCAUGACAAAGUCAAUUUGUGCUGUCAGUUCAAUGUGGCAAUUUAAGUAAUGCACCUCUUUCAUGAAAAUCUGUAUGUAAAUCUUUCAUAAUACCAUUCUUACGUGAAUUGCGUAAAAUCAUUUGUAAUACGAUUUCUGUGUGAGUUGUAGGUAAAACAGACAAUUUUGCAUAACUGUGGUUUAUGAACAAUUUACACAGAGAUUUUUGUUACAUUUCAUGAACAGGCCCAUUGUUACAUAAAUUGUCUUAUUUGAUUUGUUAGUUGCAUUCUUUAUGUAAAGUUUCUUUUAUUUUUAUGUUGGAACCUUAUUCUGAACUAUUUCUACAGGAAUUUUCAUGCAUGAGGCCCAAUUAGUUUGCUGUGUCGUGACAUCUCUAGAAAGGCAUUUGUUACACAAUUUCACAAUUUAAUUUUUUUUGUUCGAAUUUGAGGUGUUUUUUUCUGUUACUGUUGGCCAGGGUUCUCCCUUAUCCCAGGACUUAAGUCGUUUUGUAUUUAUUCAAUGUGCGCUACUAGCUCCUUUUUUAACCUCGAUCAACCGCUGAAGAUGGAGAAACGCAUCUACACCGAGAACUAAUGCUCAUGGUUUGAGAAUAACUUGUACCAUAUUACCCUAUCGAUCCCCAGUUUGAACUAUACCAUUAUGCAUUUUGAUAUUUCAAAGGAAUAUUCCAGGUUCAGAUCAAGAUUUUGGUAUGCUGUUGAUUACCACAGAAAUUAUUCGAAACUCAUUCAUAGUUAGCACUUAUAAUGGAAGUCAAUGGGGCAAGUGCACAAUGGUUGCCCCAUAGACUUCCAUUGUAAGUGUUUCGACACUUGUUUUGUUUGUUUUUACAAACUGAGCUACGAAUCCAAUUUUCAGUGGUAAUCAACACUUUGCUGCAAAAAGAGCUUAACUUUAAGGAAUUGCAUUAAUUUAGCUCUGUCCUCCUAUAAUGUGGGUUUGUUUGCCCCUUUUUUUCUUCUUCUUCUCCUUUCUUUGUCCACUGUCAUCUCGUAUAAAGGCUGCAGUACGAAUGCUAUCAUCUCUUUUGUCAAAGGAGGCAUGCAUGAGCGUGGUGAGACCGGUCCUGAAAAGCAGUUAAUUGUACGGAAUGUGAAUUUGAGGUCGCACGCACUGUUGCCACCUUACGAAGCCUUUUUUAAUUUUUUUAUAUAUAUAUACAUAUAUAUAUAUAUAUAUAUAUAUAUUAGUGCACCGCAAAGUUAAGCAUUACAAAUCAGUGCUAGCUAUGACACAUACCUGAUUUGUCCGGAGAUUGUAUUGCCGAAUGUUGGGGGGGGCUCUUCAAUUAAGCAAAUUACGUUUCAAGUCAAAUAUUGUUGCUAUUGGAUCGCCCUGGAACAAAUACAUUUGUAAUGUCAUGACAGAGAUUGGCAUAUUUGCGCUGUGAUGAUGGAGAAGAAUUGUACCAUUCAUACCUUAUGUGUGUUUGCUCGUAAAAUAUAUAUCUGUUGCUGCUUGUUUUUAAUUUUCAGACACACAUGAUGUGUAUCCUGUGAUGCAUUUUAAGGGGCUUUUCCGUCUGCAGUGCAUAAAUGGCAUCCUGACAUGGGUCGAUCCUUCUGCCAGGCAUCUCUGAAUAUUUUCCAUUUAUGCUGUCUAAAUUGGUUUUUAACCUUGCAGUCCAAAAACACGUAUGAAUGUUUUGUUUUGUGCUUUUAAAUUUUUUUUUUUUUUUUUUCUCCAGAUUUUUUUUUUGUAAUGUUUGUUUUUUUAAGAAAAGAAAUAAAAUGUAUCUUCA